AUGUUUGGAAGUCAUUGUCAAUCAGACUGGGUGUCAUUAUUGCCAUUAGCCGAAUUUGCCUUGAACAAUUUGAAACAAACUUCCACAGGCAAAUCCCCUUUUCAAAUAUGUUAUGGCUAUAACCCAAGAUUUACAGUUGGUCAAAAAUCAGACGAAUCAGUCCCAAACGCAGAUGAACAUGCGGAAUUCCUAGAAAGAGGCUACGAUGAAGUCAAGGCAGCGUUGGCCCUGUCACAGGAAAGAAUGAAACACUUCUAUGAUCAGCGACACAGGAAAGAAGAAGAAAUCCAAGUAGGGGAUAAAGUCUGGCUAAGCCAUCAGAACAUAUCUACUGAUAGGCUGUCCAUCAAACUUAGUCAUAAGAAGUUAGGCCCCUACCUGGUAAUUGAGAAAAUUGGAUCUCACGCAUACAAGUUGCAACUACCUUUCACAAUGCGCAUACAUCCAGUCUUCCAUAUCAACCUCCUAACCAAGUUCCACCCCGAUCCCCAUGGACGCGACCCUCCUCAACCUGCACCUAUCAUCACAGAAGAAGGUGAGGAAGAAUACGAAGUGGAAAGAAUCCUGGACAGCAAAUGGAAAGGGCGCGGCAAAUCAAAGAAGCUCUGGUAUUUAGUCAAGUGGAAGGGAUACGACAAAGGAAGCAACUCGUGGGAACCAGUAGAUAAUGUGGGUAACGCGCAAGAAGCCAUAAAAGAAUUCCAUAAGGAACACCCUGAUGCAGUUGGAGCUUGA